UCUCGGACUGAAGGGUCUGCGCCGUGGGCAAGGAGCAGCGAGGCCACGGCGGCACCCCCACCCCCGGCGCAAGCGUGCAUGAGCGCUGUGCGCCCUAGGCGGUCUGCGAUGUUGGGGUCGGCGCCUUGUUCCAGGAGUGGGCGGACCUCCCUCCUCAGCUUCUCCAAGAUUGGCCAGGAGAACUCACCAAUGGGGAGCUCUGGGAGGCGGACCUAGAACGCCACCGGCUUGAGGAAGACCAGCAAAUUUCAAGUUGGCUGCGGCUUGGGCUUCGCGUGGGGGAGGGGCAGCAGGUUUUUCUCAUUGGAUCUCUGAAUACCCAGGCCCCCUCCACCAUGGCCAGCCGGGGUGGGGGCCGGGGUCGUGGCCGGGGGCAAUUGACCUUCAACAUGGAAGCUGUGGGCAUUGGAAAAGGAGAUGCUUUGCCCCCACCCACCCUGCAGCCUUCUCCACUCUUCCCUCCCUUGGAGUUCCGCCCAGUGCCUCUGCCCUCAGGAGAGGAAGGGGAAUAUGUCCUGGCACUGAAGCAGGAGCUACGAGGGGCCAUGAGGCAGCUCCCCUACUUCAUCCGGCCAGCUGUCCCCAAGAGAGAUGUGGAGCGUUACUCAGACAAAUACCAGAUGUCAGGGCCGAUGGACAAUGCCAUCGACUGGAACCCUGAUUGGCGACGUCUACCCCGAGAGCUAAAGAUCCGAGUGCGGAAGCUACAGAAGGAGCGGACCACCAUUCUACUCCCCAAAAGGCCCCCUAAGACCACAGAAGAUAAGGAGGAAACAAUACAGAAACUAGAGACCCUGGAGAAGAAAGAGGAAGAAGUGACUUCAGAGGAAGAUGAGGAGAAAGAAGAAGAAGAAGAGAAGGAAGAGGAAGAAGAAGAGGAGUAUGAUGAAGAAGAACAUGAAGAGGAAACUGAUUACAUCAUGUCAUAUUUUGACAAUGGAGAGGAUUUUGGGGGUGAUAGUGAUGACAAUAUGGAUGAGGCUAUAUAUUGAAGAAGGACCCUAAACAAUACCUUGGACCUCCAUAUCUUUCUUGAUUUAGGAUACAGAGAGUAACUGUCCCUGUUGUUUGGUUUUGUGGACAAACAAAUCAUUUGCUCAGAGUCCAGAUAACCUGUUUGGUCUCUGGAGGUAGAAAUGGAGAAUGAUGACUCUUUUCUACCCUUCCCCUCCCUCUACUCUUGUAUCACCUCUGAUAUCUUGGGGAAAGGGCAAAGGACCAAUGUCUUAAUUGUGUGAAAGAGAGAAAGGAAGGUCAAAAGAAGAACUGGUUGUUAGAGCUGAGACAAUGCACACAUGCCCCUACCCAUUUUUUAUAGUUCUUUGUGGAGAUAACUGGGGGUGGGAGCAGUUAGAAGGAGCAAGGGCAGUUUUAUAUUUUUAAAUAAAAUAUUUGUAUUUGUCUCU